CACCCUAAAUUCUGAGGAGCCGAAUGGCUGGGAAUCAGCGUCAGGUAAAACCCACUCAACCUUAUAUCUGUCGCGCAGUGAUGACGUUUAAGCGGCUCGGUCGCGAGGGGCGGGGCCAGGCGCAGAAACGGCCGUUUUAAUUGGUUUCUGCACAGGAACCGGCGCGGGUUCUCCUGGGAUAGGAAAAAGUCGCCUUCCGUCACGGAAGUUGGCUUUUUCGGCUCAUAGGAGUGAGGCACUCUGGGGAUGUGGGAGUAAGAUGGCGGGGAAGAAGAAUGUUCUGUCGUCUCUGGCCGUUUACGCGGAAGAUUCAGAGCCCGAGUCCGACGGCGAGGCUGGGGUCGAAACGGCGGGCGGCGCGCCUGAGGAGAAAGGUGGAUUAGUAUCUGAAGCCUAUGGAGAGGAUGACUUUUCUCGGCUUGGAGGUGAUGAAGAUGGUUAUGAAGAAGAAGAGGAUGAGAACAGCAAACAGUCGGAAGAUGACGAUUCAGAGACUGAAAAACCUGAGGCUGAUGACCCAAAGGAUAACCCAGAAGUAGAAAAGCGAGAUCCUCAGGAAUUAGUUGCCUCCUUUUCUGAAAGAGUCCGGAACAUGUCACCCGAUGAAAUCAAGAUCCCGCCCGAGCCCCCUGGCAGGUGUUCGAACCACUUACAAGACAAGAUCCAGAAGCUUUAUGAGCGGAAGGUAAAGGAAGGAAUGGAUAUGAACUACAUUAUCCAAAGGAAAAAAGAAUUUCGGAACCCCAGUAUCUACGAGAAGCUGAUCCAGUUCUGUGCAAUCGAUGAGCUGGGCACCAACUACCCGAAGGAUAUGUUUGACCCCCACGGCUGGUCUGAGGACUCCUACUAUGAGGCAUUAGCUAAAGCCCAGAAGAUUGAAAUGGACAAAUUGGAAAAGGCCAAAAAGGAACGAACCAAAAUCGAGUUUGUGACGGGCACCAAGAAAGGUACCACGACCAACGCCACAGCCACUACCACCACCACGGCCAGCACAGCGGUGGCAGAUGCCCAGAAGAGGAAGAGCAAGUGGGACUCGGCCAUCCCAGUGACGACGAUAGCCCAGCCCACCAUCCUCACCACCACGGCCACCCUGCCCGCUGUCGUCACAGUGACCACCAGUGCCAGUGGCUCCAAGACCACGGUCAUCUCCGCCGUGGGCACCAUCGUGAAAAAGGCCAAGCAGUGACGUGAGGGCCCAGCUU